UGUUUAGGUUCGUGCUAUAUAUAUUGGGAGAGUUUUUCAACAAUCCUCAUUAAUUACUACAAACAUCAUUACAUAUCCCAUUCUUAAUUAAACAGGCUAAUUAAGCUAGCUAGAUUGGUCUGAUAUCGAAAAUGAGGCGUACCUCUUCUUCAUUAGCCUUAGCCCUAGGGCUCAUUCUAGUAACACUUGCUAGCCAUUGUUAUGGUCAACUAUCUGUUGGCUACUAUAAGGGUAAAUGUUGGGAUCACAAUGUUGAAGAAAUUAUCUUUAAUGUGGUUAAGGCUAAGUUCGCUAAGGAUCCAACUAUUGUGGCCGGUCUCAUCCGAUUACAGUUUCAUGAUUGCAUUGUUAGGGGAUGUGAUGCAUCAGUCCUACUCGAUGGACCAAAAACAGAGAAAACUGCGAAUCCAAAUCUAAGCCUUAGAGGCUUUGAUGUCGUGGAUGCUGCUAAGAUAGCGGUAGAGAAAAUUUGUCCCGGGGUUGUCUCUUGUGCAGAUGUACUUACAAUUGCGGCUAGAAGUUCUGUCUUUUUGGCUGGAGGUAAAUGGUAUUACGUAGAAACAGGACGACGAGAUGGUCUAGUUUCACGUCAAAGUGAAGCCCUUGCUAAUCUUCCAUCCGAGUACAUGCCCGUACGUGACGCUCUCCAUCUAUUUGCUUCAAGAGGACUAAGCAAGGAAGACUUCGUUGUUCUUCUAGGUGGACAUUCUGUUGGAAGUACACACUGCGACAACUUCAAACACCGUCUAUACAAUUUCCACAACACCGGUAAGCCGGACGCAAGGAUGCAUACCGGUAUGCUAUAUGCAUUGAAGAAAAUAUGUCCAAAGAAGGGUGGGUCGAACAGCAAAGUUUACUUCAAGCACAACCCAAGAAACCAUUAUCGGAUCGAUAAUGGCUUCUACAAACAUCUGUUGGUAAACCAAGCAAUACUUGAGAUUGAUGCAAACAUAGCAAGUUCUCCAUUAACGAACAGCAUUGUGAAGAAUUUAGCGUAUUCUCCUGAUUAUUUCAGAAAUAGGUUUGGUCCAGCCAUGGUUAAUAUGGGCCGAAUUGGGGUUCUUACUGGAAAUCAAGGACAGAUUAGAAGAUCUUGUAGCCGUGUUGGUUAACCAUGCACAACAACGCAUAUUGAUUUUGAUUUUCGAGCGAGGGGUUCUUAUGUUCGAAUCUCCUUUCUCUCAUUUGUAAUUUGGAAUAAUGCCGUUAUGGCUUAUUCGGACACAAAGGAAAUGUUUAUUUUGAAUUUCAUAAUUAAUUUGUUCGACUUGUCAUGACUUUUUUUUAA